UGUAGUUCUUGAAGUUGAGUUAUGAUGAAAUAAGGGGUUUAGAUUUGCAAUGAAUAGAAGUUUUAGGGGAGAAGAAAAGGCGUUAAGGAAAUUACAACAACAAAUGGGGAGUUUUAGGAAUUCAGUAAUGAAGGAGAAGGAAGAAGAGUUAGCUUUAUUUUUCGAAAUGCGAAGAAAAGAAAAGGAAAGAGAUGAUCUUCUUCUUUUUCAAAAUAACGAUGAAUUUGAUGGAUCAAAAGCAGGCGACUCACUAUUCAAUAUUGGAUCAGCCACUACUACUGUAAGGAAAAAUGGGGCUGAUGAUUUCCUCAAUGCUGACAAUGAUAAAAAUGAUUAUGAAUGGCUUCUAACACCUCCCAGUACUCCUCUGUUUCCGUCACUUGAAAUGGAGUCACAAAAAACAAUGAUGAGUCAGAUGGGAACAGCUAAAGCUCGUCCAACUGCAUUGAAAUCUAGAUUAGCACAUCCCCAGCCUGAGCCCUCUGGUAGAAGCAAUUUAGCAUCUAGACAACCUGCUUCCACUGCUGGAUUAAAUACUUCAAGUUCAGGUCUUCGAAGACCAUCUUCAUCAGGUGGAUCAAGACCUUCAACACCAACUGGACGGCCCACAUUAAGUGCAACAUCCUCCUUGACAUCAGCAUCUAGACGCACAUCUACUGCAACAUCCAAAGCAAUGACAUCCACUGCAACUUCUAAAACAAUGUCGACCACAACCACGUCUCGGCCAUCAAGGUCUUCAACACCAACUUCUCGUGCCACCUUGCCUUCUGCUAAAACCACGGUUCCUCAAAGACCUUCAACACCUACAUCCAGGUCUAGUGCGAGGUCCUCAACACCAACCAGAACCUCCUCGACACCCGCAACCAGGGCAUCUAUUCCUGGAUCAAAAUCCACAUCAAGGGCAGCAACUCCAACUCGCCGGCCUACUUCAGUGUCCAGUACAGCUAAUGCUACUGCUCCUUCCGAUAAAUCUCCGUCUUCAGUUACCACAGCAACCACUACGGCAAGAAAUCCUGGAGCCUCACGUGCUAGUUCUCCAGCUGUAAAACCCAGACCAUGGAAGCCUUCAGAUAUCCCAGGUGUCUCCUAUGAUGCUCCGCCCAAUUUACGGACAUCACUCUCUGACAGGCCAACUUCAGCUACAAGGGGUAGACCUGGAGCACCAAGUAUUAGAUCUUCAUCCAUUGAACCAGUUACAAAUGGAAGGAUUAGACGACAAUCUUGCUCUCCAGCGAGAGGUCGUCCUCCUAAUGGUGUUGCGCGUAGCAGUGGGAGCUCUGUUCCGAUUCCAGCUAUGAGUCGAUUACAUGCUAAAGCUAAUGAUAAUGUAAGCCCUGGUAUGGUUGGAACUAAGAUGGUUGAAAGGGUAGUAAAUAUGCGGAAGCUGGCUCCUCCUGCAAAGCAGGACAACAAACAUUCUCCCCGUAAUAACUUAUAUGCACACUCUUCAUCACUGGACAGCUCGGGCUUUGGAAGGACAAUGUCAAAGAAAUCCUUGGAUAUGGCAAUGAGGCAUAUGGAUAUACGGCGAAGCAUCCCAGGUAAUUUGCGUCCAUCGAUGACAAAUAUUCCAGCAUCCUCCAUGUACAGUGUGAGAUCAGGACCUAACAGAAGCAGAACAGUGAGUGUAUCCGACUCCCCACUUGCUACGAGCAGCAAUGGUAGUUCAGAAGUGAGUGUCAAUAACAAUGCAGUGUGUGUUGAUGGGAGUGAAGUUGAUGACGCUAUUAGCGGUGAUAAAGGUGCUAGAUCUCCUGCCAGUAGGCAGGGAAGGUAAUGAUUGCCCUUCGCCGAUGCAAGAUUAAGAAUUAUAGUUUUGAUUCAGUGCCGGAAUGAGAGUCUUUGGCGUUUGAAUUAUCAUUGUUUCCUGGGAAGAACCGAGCCGUUAUGGUUAUCUCAUUAUGUAAAGAUUGAUGCACAGUUAGCUAUAUUAUUUGAAGCCAGCCUUAUCUCAUUAUUGUGUCGUGUGCUUAAACAAAUUUUCUGCAAGCAGUAAUGCUAGUUCUGAAGUGA